GCAACACUUCUGAUCGGUGGGAGUUAUUGUCGGAGAUUCUGCCUCGCAGAGCUCUGAGCUGUCACAAACACCCGUAAUAACAGUUUAAUCCAGCCAGUCAAACCCUCCCUGUUGCAUUCAUAAUCCUCUGCAGGCAUAACCCUUUCACCACUUUCCCUCUGCCUCCAUACGACCGUGUGUAACACACUCCCUCUGAUCUUCCUGGGAAAGUUACUCUCUUUGUUUCAGGUUUUGCUGAUGGAUUUAGGUCUGAUUGCCAGUUAGUUUAGGUGGAAAUCAGUCAAGAAAGAAAAUUUGUUUUGGGGUUUUAAAUGAAAGCAAUUUUUAUUUAAAUCAUAUUUUUGCAUUUUACAAAAAGAAAACAUGUUUUAAGAAGCUUUAACUUUUAAUUCUGAGUCCACCCUGCAGGUGAGGACAUUGGUUAAAUUAUGUUCAACAGUCCCGCCCACAACAUGCGUCCAUCAGAAGAAGUUUGCUGAUCAAACAGUGGCCUGCUUUCUAAUUGGCCCCUGGGCUUUAAUAGGAUCCCAGGGACUCUGUUGGAGGAUUACGCUUCCAAACUUGCAACUUUGGCCAGUCUCUUGUCCUCCAACCAUGGCUACAGUGGUUUAGGGGGCGCCGCCGCACCGGAGACCCAUAGGUGUACCAUCAGAAGACCACAUCACAUCUGCAGGAAGUGAUUCUCUAUAAAGAGUGGACAACAUCUGUGUGACUUACUGGUUAAAGAGGAAAACCAUCCUUUCUGGGAGAAGGAUUAUCUGUUUCCUCUAUAUUAUCUUAAAUCAUAUAUUAUCUCGUGUUUUUCCUUCUGCUGCUGAACUGUUUGAGAUUGCACCGAAUCUUUUUCUGGACGAUUUCAGCAACCAACUCCUCUGAGGUCGACUGCGUCCUUUGUCCAACUCAAGGAUCUACCUGCUUAUCCUCUCCACCUGGACCAACUUAGAUGAGCUCAACCUGCUUAUAGCUCGCCUAACAACACGGCCCACAUCACAGGUCCCCUCACUCACCUUUGACUCUUUACACGCAGCAGCAGGCCACAUCUGGAUAGCCUUCCUUUCUCUCCGGGAUCUCCCAGAAACAACUCCCUCUUUUCUCAUUCCUCUCUGGUCUUCGCUUUGAGCGCUGCAUUUAGCCAUGACGCUGCUGAAGAUGAAGUUCAACCAGCAGAGGCGGGUGCGUCUGGCCCAGGGCCUCUGGCUGAUGUCCUGGCUGGCAGUGACGGGCGGGGCCUUCAUCUUCUGUCUGGGGGUCUACCUCAAGACUGAGCUGCUCCGCAGGGACGAGGUGAUGGAAAACGCAGAGAUCCACGUGGUGCCCAACAUCUUGAUGAUGGUGGGCCUCGCUUCCAUGGGAACCAACUGGGUUGCAAGUCGAGUUUGUCAGGAUUCCCUGGAUGUGAGCCGCUUCCCCCGAUGGAAGGUUCCGCUCCUGGCCUGGUUUGCUAUGGCUGCACUGCUGUGUUGUCUGCUCCUCACCGUGGUGGUGCUCAGCUACGCCCUGCAGGGAAGCCUGGAGGACUCCCUGAAGGUGGGCCUCAGGAACGGCAUUCGGUUUUACAAAGACACGGACGUCCCCGGACGCUGUUUUCAAAAAGAGACCAUUGACCGUCUGCAGAUGGAGUUUCGCUGCUGCGGAAACAACAACUUCAAGGACUGGUUUGAGGUUCAGUGGGUCAGCAGCAGAUACCUGGAUUUCACCUCCCAGGAAGUGAAGGAUCGUAUCCGUAGCAACGUAGAUGGACGUUACCUGCUGGACGGCGUCCCGUUCAGCUGCUGCAACCCGGCCUCACCUCGCCCCUGCCUGCAGAACCACCUGACAGAUAGCAGAGCCCACUACAACUACGAGUACCAGUCAGAGGAGCUCAAUCUGUACAGCCGCGGCUGCAGGCAGGCUCUGACCGACUACUACAUGGGCUUGAUGAACUCCACUGGUCCUGGUGUGUUAUCGGUCAUCAUGAUUCAGAUGUCGGUGCUGCUGAGCAUGCGGUACUUGCAGACGGCCGUGGAGGCAGCCAUAGCUUCGGAGAACCCGGAGGGUGAAAGUGAGGGUUACCUCCUGGAUAAGGGGGUGAAGGAGACCUAUCAGGAUGUCAGAGCCAAGGUUCUGGGCCUACUAAAGUUCGGCCAGGUUGAUCCCUCUGAAGACGCCUCGGGGGCAGCAGAGGGAGCAAAAACAGCCGACACAGAGAAGGCCGCCACCCCGACUCCGGCCAGCUAAAAUGAAAAAGCAAUAAAUAAAUAAAUUAAUAACCAACUUAAAAUGUGUUGAGGAGGAAGGGGUGCAGGGGGUUCUGUGUGUCUGUGUUUUAUGUUCUGGCUGUGUGACCCGGGUGGUGGCAGGUAGGCUCUAACAGAAGCAGCUGCAGCUCCAUUUGAACAGGAGCACAGCAGGGCAACACUCAUCCAAUAGGCCCUGCACAGACUCGUCUCCUCUGUGCAGGACUCCAUCUGAAUCUGUGUAGGAGGUGUGUAGAGUUUCUGCUGGAGGUCUAGAUGAGAUUCAGCUUAAACUGGUGUAGGAUAAACACACAAAACCAGAUCCGACAUGUUUUCACUCAAAUUGGGAAAGGUGCGCCCACACGACGCUAAAGUUUCUCCCACGUGUGUUGUUUAUUCACCUCAUAGCUGUAGCGUUUGCUCUAAACUGCCAUGAAAUGCUUGGAAUUCUGUUCAACUGGCACAUGAAAAUAUUAAAGGUAGACCUUUUUAACUGC